CAUUUUGGCUCAAGCGUUCGCAUGCCUGGAGCGCGGCCCGCCGUCCCUGCGAUGGCCGCCGCGCGGCGGGCUAGAGGGGCUCCCGCCCCCGCGCUGGCGGCCGCCCUCGUCGAGGCGGCUGUGCGCGGGGCGGUCGCUGCGAAUGCGCCGCGGCGCACUGUCGCGGCGGUGGCCCGCUCGGCGGUCUCGGCAGCACUCUUCGGGUGCUCCGAGGCGCCUGCGGCCACCGCCCGCGACCCCGCCGCUGGCGUACUUCCUGCUGACGGACCUCCUGGCGCUGCAGGCGGCGCCGACCCCGCGGCUGGUGCCGCGCGGCGUCGGCGGCGCCGUGCGCGCCGCGCUGCGCGGAGGGCGGCGGGUGCUCCCGCGCCCGCCGCUGCCGCUGGCGAGGUCAUGGACAUCGACGUCGUCCGUGGCGCGGACGCUGGCGACGCUGCCGCUGCCGCAGGUGCGGGCCCUUGGCCUGGCUUGGGGGCGGAGGCUGCCGCAUGUGCGUCCGACCUGGACGACGACGAGUGGGCGGACGACGUUCGUCGGGCCGCCACGGUGGCGAUCGUCGCGGCGCCCGCGGCUGGCGCUGGUGCUGACGGUGCCGAGGAGUCGUUGGCGGAGCUCAGGGCCCGCCUGCACUCGGCCUUCCAGCGCCUGGGGCUCCGCGAGGAGCGCCUGCCCGCUGGCCGCGCGAAGCUGCUGGCGAUGAUCGGCGCCCUCGAGUCCGAGGCGGAGCGGAUCACGGCCACGGAGGAGGGGCGCGCGCUCGUCGGGGCGGCGCGCCACUCUGGAGCGGCUGCUGGGGGCUCCGGGGCCGGGCGCAGGCGGGGACGCGGGCCCCGCUAGCGGGGGAGCCGCCCCUUCGGGGGGUCUAGGCCCCGCUCGGCCCUACCCUUCGGCGGUGGGGCGCGCCGCGGCGGCUGCCGCGCCCAAGGCGCUCGGCGGCCUCGCUGGCUCGCGGCGGCGGCGGGCCCCGUCCUUGGCGCGGGCGGCCGCGGCGCGCGCCCUCCUCCCUCGGCUUCGCGUUCGAGGUCGGCGGCGGGCAGGGCUCUCUCUUCCUCGUGGCGGCGGGUCUCGAGGUGGAGGUGGCGGAGCCGUGCGCUGCGCACGGUUAGCGUAGACAUCAAAAAAGUGGCUCUAAUCCGC